AUGUCUUCCAUGCCUUCUUCUCUCUUCCCUUUUCAAAAAGUUAUUCAUCCGUUUGAUGCUUUUCUCGUGUUCGAUCCAAAUGUUAAUCACCUCCACUUGCACUUCCGGUCAGCGUUACGCCUCACGUGUCCUCUCACGGACGUUAUCCUUUGUGGCACGUAUUUCAUAAUUUCUCUCUUUCUCUUCUUUUCUCUAAACGUUGCGCUAUUUCAAUCUAUCUGCAUAUCUGUUUCUCUCUCUCUGUCUCUCUGUCUCUCUCUCUCUCUCCGUCUGUUCAUCUCUUUUUCUCUUUCUUUCUAUAACUACCAUUUCUGUUCCUAUCUAUCCAUAUUUAUCUGUUGUUGUUUUUUUUUCUCACUCUGCUCAUAUCUACACUGUCUCAUUCUCUCUCAUUCUAUUCCUAUCUAUCUAUCUAUCUAUCUAUCUAUCUAUCUAUCUAUUUAUUUCAACCCGUUCAUGUCUAUCUAUCUCAGGAUCCUCAGCAUAUUUCUAUCUAUCUAUCUAUCUAUCUAUCUAUCUAUCUAUCUAUCUAUCUAUCUCAGUCAAUUCAUGUCUAUCUCAGGAUGGUCACCAGCGACCAAUAUGAAAGCAAUUCUUCUUUGUACAUAA